AUGGAGGCCCAUACGUCCAUUCCGAUGCCAACAAUGAAAUGGGCACCGAAAAUUGCAUUGCAGCGCUGUCUAUUUUCAAAGGGGGCGAAGAUUGGAUGGCUGAUCCUACUGGCGAUGUGGAUGGACUUUGGAGGGAGAGAUGUUCAAGGCGUGCGGGCGCUGGUUGAUGCUGCGGGUUUUCGCUUUGAUGGGCAUCGAUUGCAUGCGACCUUGCCAUGGGUUGGGCGCCGAGAUGUAAUGGUUGCCUACAUGCCCCGGGGGAUGGAGAAGCUCAGCGCUGAGGACAAAGCUUUCCUUGUUGACUCUGGCUUCAGGUUAGAAAAAGGAGGGCUGAAAGCGUUAAAGCGUGGGGGCAGCGACGUCAGAGUAGUGGUGGGUGUGUAUCGCACCCCGGAGCAGUUUGUCCAAGAGAAUUUUCAGCUCGGGCACCCAACUGAGCUCGACUCACUUGUCCCACCAGAGCUUAAAGUGGCAAUCGAACACAACCUAGCGGAGGGAGAAGCAGAAGUGGCAAAGGAGCGGACGGCCAUCUUGCGAGAGUGGAUUGCUUGGUCGUCUGAGCUGGCCCUUGCAGAAGAAUCCCUGAAGGAGGACAUGCCCCCUUUCAGGAGGUCGAACGUGUUCUUGAACAAGUUUAGGCCGGCAGAGCAGUCGGAGGCUCAGCUGCGCACAGGAGCUAAACGGCUCCGGGAUGGUUUGCUGGCUACAGUGCGCAGUUCUGGCGAUCCUGCCAUCGAUGGCGGCGUGCUGGAGGCGACGUGCAAGGAGUUGGCGAGAGGCUUCAUCGAAGGUCCAGUACCACUUUCAGCUUUGCCUGAGACGGCUUCGCUGACUCAUCGCUUUGGAGUCCACCAGGGCCAAACCGAGGAGGGUCCCCGUAUUCGUCCCAUCGACAAUUACCUGUCUUCACAGGUCAACGCUUCUGUCACUCAGGUCGAGCAGGUGCCAGUUCACACGAUUGACAUCGUUGCUGGUGUGCUUAUACUUUGGGUGAGAACCUGGCUGUCUAUGGGAGGUUUGGGGCCAAGCUGCCCUUUUUGCAAGGCUUGGGAUUUACGUUCUGCGUACAAGCAGCUACCUUUAUCAGAUGUCGCCUUUGCUUUGGACAGCUUCUUCGUGAUGUUCAACUGCGAGAGUGGCGGGCCGGAGAUAUUCCGACAAAGAGUCUUACCGUUCGGAUCGAAAGCUAGUGUGACGGGUUUCAUCCGGUGUGCUUUCGCUUUGUGGCGACUUGGUGUAAAGCGGCUACGCUUAGUGUGGUCAGUCUUCUUUGACGACUACUUGAGUGUAUGUGGCAAGGAAUUUUCAAGGCACACUGAUUUAGUCAUCACUAUGUUUUUCAAGAUAUUUGGCUGGGAUGUCGCCAUGGACAAGUCUCUGUCGUACAGUUCUCUUUGCGUGGCGCUGGGAGUGCAGCUCAACUUGAGUGAUGCCAAGCUUGGGCUUGCCUACAUCGGGAACACGCCGAAGCGCAGAGAGGAGACGCUAACUGCUCUUGAGGUCGCUCUUCAAAAGGGUGAGCUGGGCCCCAAGACUUGCGAGAGGCUUCGUGGACGGUCGCAGUUCGCGAGUUGCCAAGUUUUCGGUCGGCGCCCGAAGGCGGCGCUCAAGCAGUUGGGCGCUCAUGGGCGCCAAAGGCAGUGGAAAUUGUCUGAUGAAACUCGGCGAGCUCUCAACCUUCUAAAAGAGCUCCUUGCGACCGGACGCCCUCGGGCACUGCGUGCAACUGCUGGCAAGGUCUUCCACGUUUACGUCGAUGCUGCUUUUGAGCCGAAUGGGUUCGGUGGUAUAGGCGGUUUAGUUGUAGGCGAAGGUGGGCAGAUCCUCGCGUGGUUUGGUGAGCAGAUACUGCCGAAGGAUCUGUCGCGUCUGAGGACGACGGCUGAUGGAGAAAAGGAGACAGUAAUUUUUGAGUUGGAGGCUUUGGCUCUUGCACUUUCCAUUGAGGUUUUCAAAGCCGUCUUAAAGGAUAGCUCGACUGUCUUCUUUACUGACAAUGAAGGCGUCUUCGGCACCUUUGUGAGAGGACACAGCGAAGUGAGGAGGCGUGCUCAGAUUCUUGAUUUCUUUUGCCAGCGUGAGGAGGAGUUGGGAAUCACAUGUUGGCUGGAGAGUGUUCCUUCAGCCUCGAAUCCAGCAGAUGCUCCGUCACGCGGUGAGAUCAUCAAGACAAAAGGACAACGCCUGAAAGUGAGUAGGGCGCUGAUGCAGAAUGCGCUAAAAGACGCGUUCCUCUGA